AUGUCAGGCGCUUAUUUGAGAAAUGAUGGAUACCAUCCAGUUGAUGGAAAUGUUUUCGAAUCUUUCAAGAAAAUGAAUGAGAUCUUUUCUGCAAAUGAUGGACGUCGUUAUUAUCGUGAGUUAGAAAAUACUUGCUAUGAUAGUGAUGCUCCAUAUGAUCAUGAAAAACAAACACAUAUGAGAUUAACAAAAUCUGAACAUGAUAUUAAUUGUUUAGGUGAAGCUUAUUUCAAACGUCAUGUGGCAAUAAAAAUUCAAUACACUAGUCCUACUGCAACAUCUGUUGAAUUUCCUGCACAAGAACUUCCAGAGAUUGCAAGUGCUGACGACACAGGUACAAAUACUCUGAAAGAUCAUGUCAAACCAUAUGCGGUAACAAAAGUAAUGAAUCUAAACAGAAUAUUUAUCGGAUAUAAGUCCAGUAAUAAAAUUUUUAGACAGUUAGAAGUUGAGACAGAUAGAGGUGAUACAGGAUAUUUACAAAUGGAAAUGGUUAAAGAAGGAUUUGCAUAUGCUACAUAUAAACCAAAGUCAGAAAGAAAGACAAAGAAAUUUGUUCAUUCAUUGUAUAAUAAUGUUCAGAAAAUGGAUAAUUCGGUAUGUGGAUGCUACUUUAACCCAAAUGAUGGGGGUUGGGAUAAAAACACACACACGCGUACAAUAGAAUUUGAUAUGAUUAUUCCAUUAAAUGAUUUGUUAGCAUUCCAAGCAUUUGAUGAUUAUCCAAAGAGUUUUGGUGAUAUUAUAUUGAAAUAUUAUAACACACCUCAUUCAUUGGUUUAUUGUCAAGUUGAUCCUGCAAGAGUUAGUGAUAUUCUUAAUGUUUGUUAUGAAGAAUUGCAUGAUAAAGAUUAUGCAUUAGCAAUGAGUACCAAAUUUAACUAUACACGUGAAUUUGAACAAAUCGGUCAGCCAACAAAUCUAAUUACUGCAAUCACGAAAAAAAGCCCAACUGAGAUUACACCCACAACCAAUCCUGUUACAAUCCAAGUCGUUGAGAUGAGAAUUACAGAAGACAAAUUUAUAGUUCCCGGAUAUGGUGUGAUUGAAUCAACAGCAAGAGAUAUUCCAACACUUUUCAACCGUCGAGAUCCAUUUAUGAUUCCAGCACAGCAAAUUGAUGUCAGAACAUUGAAUCAAGGUUGUGUUACAAGUUCUGGAAUUGUUUCUGAUUUCACAUAUGCAUUGCAUAAUGUAACAGAUAUUGUUGCUGUAUUCCCAAUGCGACAAGCUCAGAGAACAGUAUUUAGGAAUCCUAUGGUUAGAAACUUGCAAAUCACAAUCGAUGGAAGAAACUUCCCUGACAAUGCUAUGAGUACUGUUGGAGAUAUAUUCUUCACAAGAAUGUUACAAGCUUCUGACCUUGAUGGUGUUAAUGAAUGUACUGAAGAAUAUGAAGAUAGUUUAACAAGAGACAGGUGUACUGCUAAGAAACAGAUUUAUCCAUGGAAAGAUCAAACAUCAUUCAUUUGUACUAUACCUGUUAUGAGAGAUGGUGGAAGUGUCUUCUUUGAUGGUUUAGAAACAAAGAAUAACCAAGUUAGCAUUAGAUUACAAGCUAACCCAAUUCAUUCAAAUGCUGAAGCAGAUGUAUACUGCACAAAGAGUCCAGAUCCACCUCAGAUAUGGUUCACAAGAACUACUUACUGGACUUGGAGUCCUGAAGAUGGUUUGAAAUACCAUGCUACAGGAACCCCAGCUAAAUACGCUUCACCAGCAGAUAAUGCUUAA